CGUACAGCAGUUGAGGGAAAAGAGAAUUCGAAUCAUGGCUGAUGCAUUUAAGAAUGUCAUUGUUCAGAGUCUGGAGUGUCCUGUAUGUCUGAAUACCUUCACCGAUCCCAAGAUCCUAUCUUGUUCUCACACCUACUGCAAGACCUGUCUGGAUAACCUUUUGGAACUCUAUGCUAACGACCAGAUGCUCCGAUGUCCUGUCUGCAGAGCUGAAACCCAGGUCAAAAACCAAGAUGUCAGCAAAUUGCCGACCAAUUUAGCUUUGAAGUCUCUCAUAGAGGACGUAAAGAAGCAAUAUCAGUUUUGCACGAACUGUAAAUCCGAGGACCAACCCCAAGCUGUUGUCUACUGUCAAGACUGUGGCAUGUAUCUCUGUAUCACUUGCCACAACAAACACUCUCAGUGGCAAAACUUCAUCAGUCAUGAGGUCUUAGCCAUGAGUGAAAUCCUAUCAGGGAAGGUGUCAGUACGUAGGUACCGUAAAUGCAGGAAACACCCAAAAGAGGAUGAGGAGUGCUUCUGUUCCGACUGCAGGAGAUUUGCCUGCUUCAGGUGUGUUGUCAUGGAGCAUACAAAGGAAGGACAUGGGGUCAUCGAGGCAGCUGUCUAUGAAAGCAGCCAUAUAAAGAGGAUCGAGGACCUCAAAUCCAAGGCGGACAAGAAACGCUCCUGCUUUCAGAAAUACGUUGAUUUCAUUGAUGAACAGAAGGAGCGUGUGAGCAAUGUUCAGAAGCGGUGUACAGACGAUAUCAAAAAAGCAUGUGAUGAUUUAGUCCGGCAGGUGACAGAGAAGAAAGAAAUCCUCAUUGGCGAAGUCAAGGGUAGGUCCGAAGGAGUAGAGAAAGAACUGGACGAAAUGAAGAAAUCGGCUGAGGAGCACAUCACACACUUGACCACCAUAGCUGACCUGGUAACCAAUAGGACAAAGGUACCGUUAGAUAUGGAUGCUUUGGCUGCACACGACACUCUAUGUCAAGACCUCAAAGAGGCUUUGAAACAAAAAGAUCCUGACUACAAGCAGCCGAGGGAAUCGAGCAAGAAAGGAAAAAGUGUCAGUUUUAAGAGAUACGUUGAAAUGGACGAGCUAGGUCUUGGUAAGAUCGUAAAUGCAGUUGCAAAGAACAUCGCUUUGCCUUCUAAGGGUAGCAUGAAUGCCUUGGUUAGUACACCAGACGGUAGGAUGGCAGUGGGGUGUAACAAAGGUAACAUGGAAAUCUUCUCUGCUGAUGGUCAGCACCAGCAGAAAGUUUUCAAGAAAGUUAAGAUUCUUGGAGUAGGGUUCCUCUCUGAUGAUCGGUAUGUUAUACUUGCUCACUCAUCGCUUAACAAUAUCGCACUGUACUCACUAGAGUACACAAAGUUGAAUGUGUUUUUUGACACUCUGAGACACGAUGAAGGUGGAUUUGCUAGCCUAACUGUAGACAGUGAUGAUCAGAUUUAUGUUAGCUACAGGAAAGCCAAGAAGAUCCAGGUAUUCUCACCAGCAGGUGGGAAGGCGAUCAGGGAGAUACCAUGUAAUGGGAAUGAGCCUCAGCAGAUUAGUAGUUAUAAUGAUUACCUGAUCAUUGAAUCUGGUGAUGCAAUACGAUGAUUGACAAACAAGGUGUUGUAAAAUAUGAAUUAACGAAAUUAGGUCAUAACCUACACGCUGCUGUUUCUCAAGGGAAUACAAUCCUGAUAGCCACGUUCAAUCACGAUGUAGGUUUGGUCAGCAUUGAUGAGUACACUAACGAGCUGAAGCAUGUCCAGAACCUCGUCAUUGAUUACAAGAUUGAGAAGCCUGAGAGAAAUUGGUACAACCUCAAGCAGUACCGAUCAGGAGAGAUCGCUUUCUGUACUGCUGAUAGACUCUAUAUAUUCCACUGAAGAAUUCUUAAUUACACUGUAUGAUACCACUGUCUUCAGGCCUGCUAAACAAAUUAGAAUAAAUUCAUACUUCGUUGCAAAAUGGACCCAUCCCCGCCCCCUAUUUCAAGAGCCUCUAACAGGUCUGGUUUUUCUGUGACUUCAUAAAUUGUAUAUAACAUCCCGUGGAAUCUCUUAUAUCUGAAACUAGGUAAAAUGGAGUUCUGGUGACCGUUUCAGAAAUGGCAUUUCUAGAUCAUGUUAAUCAAUUUGAAUGAUUGAACCUUUAUAGAUUAUAAAAAAGUAACGUUUCUUUUAAUAUACUUCUGAUGUGUUUAUCUUUCAAGAUUUUGUUGUCGAUGAUAACUCUACAUGAUUGUGAAUCUCACUUUUUUGGUAGCUGUUGUAAAUAUAUAUAUGAUGUAGACUCAAUUUAAUUGUGGAGUAAACAAUUAUUUUACAGUAGGAGAUAAUCAUCCUAAUUAUCUUGGAAACUAUGUGAUCGUAUUACCGUAUAAUAUUUUCUCUCAAGUAUACUUUAAAGGGACUUGGUAACAUUGUAAAGAUGA